AUGUCUGAUGAAUUAGAUGAAAUUGACCUAGCUGCUCAAUCCUGUACAGAAACGUCGUAUUUUGACUUGCAUGAUGGGGAAACUGAUGUGGAAAUAGUUACGGAGAAUGAUCCCUAUCCUACUGAUCUAAAAGAUGAAACUUUAUUCCCAGGAGUUGAGCCUGGAGCGGAUAGUGAUUGUCAAGAAAGCGAUUUUUCAGAUGCUGAAGGAGUUGAACUGCCUCGAGGUCUUCCUUCAGGUGGUGAUAACCUAUGCGUAUCUUUCAUCCAGGAGGACAUUAAGCUGAGAGAGGAGGAACCUGUUCCUGAACUUGAUCCAGAGUUGAAAAAAACUUUGCAUUUUCUAGAAUGUCUUAAAAGAGACGGAGAAUGGGGACGAAACUUAACGAAUGAAGUAAAAAUAAGUAUUGAUCGAUUUUCUUUAAAUAAAACGUUGGACGUCAUCGGAAUUCUUACGAAAUAUACUAACAAUCGUCCACGACUAUGCACUGUAAUGUCAAAGAAGAUGAAUGAGCAUUCCCUCGAAAAAAUUAUGGAGAUCGCCAUUGGCUCUUUGGCCGAAGAGUCUGCUUCACCUCUAAUUAAUUCAAUGCUCCGAUUAUAUUUUAAAAAUCCUCUCGAGAAGCUCAGAGAUCUGUGCAAAAUGGUUUUUUCAAUUUCUCAGAAAGUUCCGAAUUGCCACGUGGAGCACGGGGAUAUUUUCGGAGAAGCUGAAGUAAAUCGAUCAAAAAAGAGGUUUCGAACUUCUGAUUUACGUUCGUAUUUUGAUAAUGAGCACCAUGCUCGGAGCUUGAACUUUAAGAUUUUAGCAUCUUUCACAGUUUACAUAAAGAAUGUUCGUAAUAAGGAUAUAUCAAUACGUUGGAUAGACGAACCAAAAAUGGAAGGACGAGCGACGUAUAUCCAAUUGGAACAUUUCGGAUAUCCGGAGAAACGCGUAUCAUUCGGGACUCAAAGAGUAGACACUUGGGUUGAAAUCGGAGAAGGAAAGGAAAUGAUCUCAACCAAACACGCUUUACCAUCUGUACAUGACCUCAUUGAAUAUUUGGAAAGACGGAGCGCUUCAAAUCAAAGAUGA